UGGACGCGUUCGGAACAUCGGCGGCUGCCCGGUGACUCGGUUAUAUGUCACAGAAUAACAUUCGAGAAUGGGACAUGGAAUGAGGCGACGGCCGCAGCAGCCCCAGCAGCCCCAGGCCCAGCAGCCGCAGCCGCCGCAGCAGCCCCCGCCGCCCCCGCCGCCCGGAGAAGCUCCGCGGCCAUGAGGCCCGCCGGCCCGAGGCUCGGCCGGUAAGCGGAGCUCCAGCCGCCGCUCCCGGUUCGCGCGUCCUGCGGCAGCCAGAGGCAUGGAGAAGGCUGUCCCCGCGGGGCGCUGAUCCCCGCGCCACGCCCGCGCGCACACGCCCCCCGCCGCCGGCGCCUCCGCAGCGCGCCCCCCGCACCCCCGCCCCGCCCCGGCCCCACCAUGACCGGCUCCGCGGCCGACACUCACCGCUGCCCCCACCCCAAAGGCGCCAAAGGCACCCGGUCCCGGAGCAGCCACGCGCGGCCCGUGAGCCUCGCCACCAGCGGGGGCUCGGAGGAAGAGGACAAAGACGGCGGGGUGCUGUUUCACGUUAACAAGAGCGGCUUCCCCAUCGACAGCCACACCUGGGAGCGCAUGUGGAUGCACGUGGCCAAGGUGCACCCCAAGGGGGGAGAAAUGGUGGGCGCCAUCAGGAACGCCACCUUCUUGGCAAAGCCUUCAGUACCCCAGGUUCCGAACUACAGGCUGUCGAUGACGAUCCCAGACUGGCUCCAGGCAAUCCAGAACUACAUGAAGACACUACAGUAUCCUUCCAACCAGGGUCUGGGCGGACCCCGCGGGGACGGGUGUGGUGAUCUCGAGCCUGGUGGCAGGUCUGUCCCCAGCUGGUCAGUAAAUGCUCUAAGGUUAAUGGAAACAGCGAAAGAAAUGACUCGGGAGUCCUUGCCUAUCAAAUGCCUGGAAGCUGUCAUCCUGGGCAUAUACUUAACCAAUGGACAGCCUUCCAUUGAGCGAUUCCCCAUCAGCUUUAAAACCUACUUCUCAGGAAACUACUUUCACCACGUUGUGCUGGGGAUUUAUUGCAAUGGCCACUAUGGCUCACUGGGCAUGAGCCGAAGGGCUGAGCUGAUGGACAAGCCGUUGACCUUUCGGACUCUGAGUGACCUCAUCUUUGACUUUGAAGACUCCUACAAGAAGUACCUGCACACAGUGAAGAAGGUCAAGAUUGGGCUGUAUGUCCCCCAUGAGCCUCAUAGCUUUCAGCCCAUUGAGUGGAAGCAGCUGGUCCUCAAUGUCUCAAAGAUGUUGAGGGCUGACAUAAGGAAGGAGCUGGAGAAAUAUGCCAGGGACAUGAGAAUGAAGAUCCUGAAACCUGCAAGUGCCCAUUCUCCAACCCAAGUGAGAAGCCGGGGGAAGUCCCUGUCCCCACGAAGGAGACAGGCGAGCCCCCCGAGACGGCUCGGCAGGAGAGACAAGUCGCCUGCACUGCCUGAGAAGAAGGUGGCUGACCUUAGCACGCUGAACGAGUUGGGCUACCAAAUCCGAAUUUAGGCAAAGCCAUAUCAGCCAGUAAGAGGGCUUCCGUGGUGCUUCUCUCUGCACUCUACCCCAGCGUCUUUCGGAGGAACUGCAACUAUUUAUUGAGAACCUGUGGAUUUUAUUUUUAAGGAUUCACUUGGACAUGGAAUCUGAGUGGGUGGUAACAAUUAAUGUUGAAACUCACCAAGGGGCCACCAGGAAAAGGCCGAAGGAAGAAACCCCAUCGGGGUUGGACUGUCUCCCUCACUACAGAUAGAAAGGGAAAUAUGUAACCGUAGUUUUCUAUCUUCCCAUUGACCUACUUUUUGUCUCCUUGCUUUUGAACAUGAUGCCUCCUCACCAGUAGUAUAUGUUACUGAAACCCUCCCUCCCACUUUUGAUAUAGUAGGGUAACUCAGCCAGUAUUAAUGUCUUUUUUCAGCAAUAACAGAGGCAAAGGUUGGUGGGAUUUUUUUUUAAGCAGUCAAUAUUACCUCAGCAUCUUGACAUCAGAUAUGCAAACUUAAUGGGUUUUUUUUUAUAUAUAUAUAUAUUCUAUUUGUAUUGUUUCCCCAAUAUUUCCAAUGGGGAUCUCCACAAAGUUUGGAAUUUUUUCCUGGUACACACAUAAUGGGAGUUAAGGUAUUAUAUCAAGUGUUUUACUAAAAAGCACUGAAAUUCUUCUGGCAAUACAGGAAACUAUUUUCAGGACCUUGGAGUUACUUCUUUCUUAAUAUUUCUUAAAGCAUUCACUGACAGCGGUUUUUUGUUCUUUCAAAACAAAAAGCAUGAUCAGAAGGUAGUCUGUGUUCUGUCACUAACAUUUAAACUUUGCAAACUCCAGCAAAAAAAGCACAAGAGGUCAUGGCACUGUGACACACAUUUAGCAGUAUUGCAAUUACCUCCGACAAUCACACACUCAGAAAGGCAGAGGCCAGGAAUCAAUCAGCAGAGGCUUGAGAACCAGUUAACCUUUCUGUUUACGUCCAUCUGAUUUUUAAACUCUGAGUCAGGCCUUGAUUCUGAAGGACUCACUGUUGUCAGAGAGGUGUUCUGAUGUCUUAUAUUAAGACCAAAUGUGGCAUGACGUGAUCCCCUUCCAGUCCCUUGCUUUUAAGUACCACUUCAUGACAUUUAGGAACUGAUAAUGGAAAAUAUGAUGAAUUAGAGAAGCAGAACCUUUUCUUAAAUGGAAAAGUCUUCAGGUACAGUGUUCCAUCUUAGAGCGUGAUGGAGUCCGUGAUGGACAGUGUAUCUGUGUAACUUCUGACUGCAGACCACACAGAGGAACCCUAGCCGCCAAGUCUGUAUUUUAUCAACAUCAAGAGCAUGCUUCCGUUUCAUCUAUUGUAGCUCAACAGCCGUGCCAACUCGUGAGACCACCGCGCAGAUGUAAGUGAAGUCUGCUAGUCAACAGAAGUGUUAUCUCAGUUGAGGGCUUCCUCUCUGGCUUUCUUUGCCUGGCUUUCUUUGCCUGAUUUUAGAAAGGGGAGUAGAAAAAUAAUCUGCUCACUGAGAUUCUUUACCAGUAAAACCACUGAAGGUGACUCCAUCCCUCGGCCGUGUGUGCAUGAGCUCACUUUAUGCUAAAACUCAAUGGCAUUAAAAAAAAACAACAACUCAUGGCAUUCAUAGAAAGUGGUAUUUUCUUGAAAAAGAAGGAAGUUUAGUGUCCUUUACAUGAAAAGGACCAAGUAAGUAUACAUCUCAAUUAGAUUAAAAUACAGAAGUUAAAAAUUCUGAACUUAAUCACUUUAAGAAUAGUAUUCUCAGUUCCAGUUUAAGAUGAGGUAUCUUUGUAUCUCUUCAUAAGGCAAACUCAUUUGCAGCCUCAUGGCCACGUGUACUGAAGUAUUUCAAUUAGUCAAUUCAUUCUCCUUCUAAAACAAUACUGACUUAG